CUGUACAAUUACAGUAGUAUCAUAUAGGCUAUUUCCAGUGAGGUAUAAUUCUUUAGAGCCAAUACCAGAAAUAAUUAUAUUUAUCACUAUCACCAACUCUAUUAGUUCUAUCAAUUUUAAUAAUAUCCAUCACUAAGAUAACUACGUAAUAAAUUACAUCUAUGAUUUUUCGACUGUAUGAUUAUAAUUAUAAUUCAAAAUGAAUAUUUUGGCUUCAACUUUCGAGUCUAAAAAUGACGAUAAACAAUCAUCUCCCAUAAAAUCAGAACCACUAUCUCCAGAAAAUUUUAAUAUAGAUUCACCAGAAGUUCAUAGUGGUGGUAGGAACAAGAAGAAUCGAGUCCGAACCGGUUGCUUCUGUUGCCGAAAGAGGAAGAAGAAAUGUGAUGAAGCAAGACCAACAUGUCAUGCAUGCUUAAGAAAUCGUAUAAAAUGUGUAUAUCCUUUGAAUCCCGAGGAUUCUGCUCCAGCUGAUUUUACUUUAGAGAGAGCUAAUUAUAAUGUUAUACCCCCAAAGAAAAAAAGAAGAAGAUCACUGGCUAAGGAAGCCCAAGUGCUUAAGUAUGAUGGACUGGUACCUCAUGAACAAGUAUUUAAUGUUAUAAUUGCCAGUCCUUCAUCUGCACAGUAUAAUAGUGAAUCUAUUACUUCUGAAGCUGAAUUACAAAAUGUUAUUAAAAUAUCAAAAGAAUCACCGAGAGAAAAAGAACCAACUGAAGAAUCUCCAAAUACAGCAUUACUUGAACUCUUAGAACCAAGAAUAACUGAAGUAGAUGAGCAAGGUAAUCCCACUAUUUUCAAUGAUAUUAUACAAUCUCCUAUGUCAGAUGUUUCUUUUUUAUCUCAUUCCAAAUAUAUCAGUAAUCAAGAAUUAUCUACCCAAGAUUCGGAAUUAUUCCAUCACUUUGUUUAUGAAUUUAUGCCAUCUAUAUCAUUACCACAUUCUCAUCCACUUCUAUCACCAGAUCAUCUUUGGGUUCAGUUAAGUUCCCAAUCAUCUAUAUUGACAGAUGUUUAUUUAUGUUGUGGUGCAUCAUAUAUGUCAUACUUUCAUAAUUAUACAAAUGGAUCACUUGACUUAUCAUCAUAUUAUAGUGAAUUAUCAGAGAAGAAAUAUUCACAGGCAAUUUACUCUUUAAGUAAAGCAUUUGCUGAUAAAUCAAUUGAUCUUGAUAGUGAUUGGUUACUUGCAGCUGGUUUAACAUUAUGUCUUCGAGAUCGAGCUUUUGGAUUAAAUGGUUCAAGAUGUGCAAAACAUUUAAUCUUUGUUUAUAAUUUAAUCAAGAGACGAGAUUACAAAAAGAGAGCCAUGAAUCAAGACGAAGAAUCAACAUUUGUUAUAACUCCAAUUGAAAGAUCUCUAGUUGAUAGUUUUCUUUUCAAUUAUUCAGCAGCUCUCUUGUCUUGCUCUAAAAGAGAUUUAAUUACCUUACCUUCACCAUAUGUUUUAUUUCCUCAAAUUAAGAAAUGGCUUGAAACUCCAAUAUUUCAGGAUUGUGAUGUGGCUUGGAUGAAUAAUCCUGUUACUGGAUCUGCAUUGAAUAGUUUUGAAAUUAUGUCGAAGCUAGCUUGGUUAUUAAGAAUGCAUUUUGAAGAUGAAGAUGACCCAGAACUAAAAGAUUACUAUUUACCAGAUGAGAAAUAUUGGGAGUUAAUCUUAGCUCUUCGACAAGGAAUUAUUGAUAUUGAAAAUGAAAAUAGAGUCAAUAAAUUGAAUCUAGAAAAUCUUAAAUUAUCAUCUACAAAUUCUUAUAAGAGAUUAAGAAGUAAUCUUGCAGUUUCAAUUAUUAACCUUAAUGCUAGUGGGAUUUUAUUAGAGAAAUUAAUUAAUCCUAUAAUACCAUCAUUUUUACCAGUAAUUCAAGAUCGAGUUAAUACUAUUUUAGAAGAAUUAACUGAAAAUAUUCCUGCUGAAAAUCAUUCAUCAUGUUUAAUUACAUUAAGUUUAUUUAUUACUGGUAUAUCUACAAUUAAUGAUAUUCAAAGGGAAUUAUUAUCGGAGAAAUUAACAGAAAGUUCGAAUUCAAUGGCUUCAAAUGUUGGUAAUAACAUAUUAGAAAUUUUAAAAUUUGGUUGGGAAAAGGAAACAAUUGACAGGAUCAAUUUGGGUGAUAAAGGUUAUAAAUGCUUUGAUUUGAUCUUUGAUAGACCUACAAUAGAGCUGAUUACUUUUUAAAAAAGUUUUGUAUAUUUGUAUUUUAAUAUAUUACAUUAAUCA